CACUAGUAUCAUCGACGUACUUUUUACCAAACUCCGGUCCUUUUCUUAUAAUUACCAGUUCUCCCUCCAACUCAGUCCUUCGUUUUCUUAUUCUCCGUUAUGACUUUCACACUUCAAAAAUCCGAGUGGGGUAACAAACCAUGGUCUAUUGUGUCCGCAUUAUAUUUCAGCUCGUCUAAGCGAUAUAAGACUAAGACCAAACUUGACUUAGCCAAACUCGUUUACCUCGAGGCUAUAUUCCAUCUUCAUUCUUAUAAGCCGCUCAGGCCUUCUUGUGAGAAAUCUCAACACAGGCGUGUUGUCAUACAAAAGUUGAAUGGUUCGGAGGACCUUUCAGUAGCCAGUAACGGGAUAGUGGCAUUUUCCGCUAGGCGAGUAAAACUAAUAGGGAAAAUAUAGAUAUACCCACAAAUCCCUUUGAUCUCUGCAUUUAUCUUCGAUGUUAAUAUCGUAUAAGGUAUAAGAAGAAUGUCAUGUGGACUCGUAUGAUUAGUGAUGGCUAUGAGUCGGAAGGGUCACUGAGCGACUCUGACAAGUUUGAUGAUAAUGAUGGCCGUGUAUCGACCUCGCAAACCUCUACCAAGGAGCUAUUGUCUUUCCAACCAGGCAAUCACGGAGAUGACGGCUAUAGUAAUGAUAUAAUAGCCUCCUACAACGAGGUAUUUGAUCAGAAGAAGGGGAUGUCCCGAAAUAAGUCAUUAUCGUCGGAACCGGAAUCGGGCCAGGUAAUUUCAUCGAUACAGGCUAUCCCUAGCCAGGGAAAUGCGGUUUAUGAGUUCAAAGGAGUCACAACUGACCUAUUUGAGAUGGAUGUUGAGAAUGUUUCGCCUGUGGCUGCAAAUUUUGAACAAGUGGGAGCUGUUCUCAACCACACCUCGCGUUCCACUGAGCAGAUAAGAGCCCUUGCACCGCGCCAGAGAGAAGACCUGGAUUCUAUCUGCAGUAUAAAUAUUGGAAUGGACGAUAUUAUCUAUCGAUGGAAGCUCGGAUCUGUGAUCAAGUACAACGUCAAUAGGUCGAGCUUCCCUGAAGUUGAACAAGCAACAUAUGCAACCAAGUGCCUCGAAAAAGCUGCAGGGAAAUGGAACGACGGCGACGUUGGGGUGCGAUUUGAACGAGUUUCAGACGAUGCCAAAGCCGUGUUCCAGCUUGUGUACGAGCCUAUCGACAAAGACCACGGAGGUCGACUAGCACACUCGUUCUUGGCCUGGUCGCAAUACACACUGGAACGACUGUUAGUGUACAAAUUGGCUUUUGGCCACCCACACUAUUCGAUGGUCAAUGUCUUCUGCCACGAACUUGGCCACAUCCUUGGGCUACGGCAUGAAUUCUCACUUGAGAGGGAGAUGGCCUGCUCGUCGGUACAAUGGGGAUCGAGAAACUCAUUGUCGAUCAUGACCUAUCAUAAGUCGUCUAGUCUGCAGGAGACGGACAUUACCGAGUUAAAGCAGUUUUAUGAGUUCUCCGGUAAAGAAUACAAAGGAUUCGGAAUCAUUGACUUGGAUCCGAUGUACUUCUAGACUUCAUAAGUUUGCAGUCUUUGGCUUUGAUGAGACGGUUUUCUAGUCCAAAGUAAUGUCACGUCUCUGGCCUUGAGGUUAAGGGAUUGGGGAUCAUAUGUCACCUU